AUAGAAUCUGGCUUCUGUCUUUUUCCUCAACUUUUUUUUCACCGCCCAGACUGCUUCUGUUAUUUAGGCAGAGAGAAAGGAAGUAGCGACAGGCUAGCUGGUUAGCCGGUCUGAAACCACACAGUCUGUCAGGAUAGAGUGGACUUCUGAGCCUGUUUUACCUCACAGACUACCCUUCUUUGUUAAAUAUAAGCGGACAAGACGGGUUUUUUUCCGCCGGUUCUCAUUUUUUUCCACCCGGGGUUGAAACCUCCAAACUGACUGAACUCACAGCUUUGUCUGUGUGGGACUCACCGCUGCUAGCUGGGUUCAUAAGAGUCUUGGCUUCAUCAAAGGAGAAAACAAACCGAAAAGCUGCGACUUGAUUAUCAUUACAUUUAUGACCGGUUGGUUGAAUCGUGGAGACAAUGAGAAAAACACCCGUUAAAGGUGCUGCGUGGUGAGAGGGAAGCAGUGGGUGCGGCAUGCUGAGGCCACUCCCCCUGGCCCAGGAUGAGUGUCAGAGAUGGCGCUGCCACCAUGGCAACGAAUGCAGGUGGAGGAGGGGGAGGAGGCGGGCCAGCUAGCCCUAACGAUCACGAUGGCCGCUCAUACCUGCUCCAGAUUUACCCACGGUUGGCUGCCCAGUCCUCCACCUGCUGCAACAUUAGAGUGCAGAAGGAUGCAACAGCGGCCUCCGUGAUCUCGGACGCUGCUGCGGCACUUGGGCUGGACCCUGGCCGCAUGUAUGUGCUGGCGGAGGUGAAAGAAUGUGGCGGGGAAGAGUGGGUGCUGGAGGCCGGAGACCUGCCAGCACAGAGGUUUCUGCUGUGGCCUCGGAAAGCCCAGGAGCAACACCCCAGGAGUCUUGGCUUUUACUUCUUACUACAGGAGAGGAACCGUGAUGGCACUAUCCAUUAUGUCCACCUCCCACCUGUGACAAAGGAGCAGGAGGCACAACUAGCCGCCAGAGGCUUCCUCCCACCUCCACAGGAUGACUUUGCAGACCUCUGCAACCUCCCCGUCCUCAAUGAGGACAGCAUAUUAAACAACCUGCGCACGCGCUUUUACAAGAAAAAGAUCUACACAUAUGCAGGCAGCAUCCUCAUCGCCAUCAACCCCUUCAAGUUCCUGCCCAUCUACAACCCUAAGUACGUCAAGAUGUAUGAGAACCACCAGCUGGGCAAACUGGAUCCUCAUAUUUUCGCAAUCGCAGACGUUGCCUACUACGCCAUGCUCAGGAAGAGGGUCAACCAGUGCAUCGUCAUCUCUGGGGAAAGUGGCUCAGGCAAGACCCAGAGUACCAACUUCCUGAUCCACUGUCUGACUGCGCUCAGCCAGAAGGGCUACGCCAGCGGGGUGGAGAGGACCAUACUGGGAGCUGGACCAGUCCUGGAGGCCUUUGGGAAUGCCAAGACAGCCCACAACAACAACUCAAGCCGCUUUGGUAAAUUCAUCCAGGUGAAUUACCUGGAGAGUGGAGUGGUCAGAGGGGCUGUGGUGGAGAAGUAUCUCCUGGAGAAGUCUCGUCUGGUUUCCAGAGAGAAGAACGAGAGGAACUACCAUGUGUUUUACUACCUGUUGUUGGGAGCUUCAGAGGAGGAGAGGAAGGAGUUCAAGCUGCUGCCGCCUGAAGAAUACUUCUACCUCAAGCAGCAAAACUUUAAGAUAGAAGAUGAGGAAGAUCUCCGUCAUGACUUUGAAAGGCUGCAGCAGGCGAUGGAGAUGGUUGGCUUCCUUUCCGCCACUAAGAAACAGAUCUUUUCUGUGCUUUCGGCCAUCUUGUAUCUGGGCAACGUGACCUACAGGAGGAAGUCGACAGGCCGAGACGAGGGGCUGGACGUGGGGCCGCCAGAGGUCCUGGCUACGCUCUCUGACCUGCUUAAGGUCAAAGAGGAGCUGCUGGUCGAGGCGCUGACGAAGAGGAAAACAGUGACAGUCAACGAUAAGCUGAUCCUCCCCUACAGCCACUCUGAGGCGAUCACAGCCAGAGACUCCAUGGCCAAAUCUCUGUACAGCGCCUUGUUUGACUGGAUCGUCCUGCGCAUCAAUCACGCACUGCUUAACAAGAAAGAUAUGGAGGAAUCUAUCCCAUGUUUGUCUAUCGGUGUCCUGGACAUUUUUGGCUUUGAGGACUUUGCGACCAACAGCUUUGAGCAGUUCUGCAUCAACUAUGCAAAUGAGCAGCUGCAGUAUUACUUCAACCAUCACAUCUUCAACCUGGAGCAGGAGGAGUACCAAGCAGAGGGAAUCACCUGGCACAACAUCGACUACACAGACAAUGUGGGCUGCAUCCAUCUCAUCAGCAAGAAGCCCACUGGCCUGCUCUACCUGCUGGACGAGGAGAGCAACUUUCCCCAUGCCACAGAUGAGACAUUAUUAGCCAAAUUCAAGCAGCAGCACCAGGGGAACAAAUACUUUGUCCCCACGCCAGUCAUGGAGCCCGCCUUCGUCAUCCGACACUUUGCUGGAAAAGUAAAAUAUCAAAUCAAGGAUUUCCGCGAGAAGAACACAGACCACAUGCGUCCAGACAUCGUGGCGUUGUUGCGGAGCAGCGACCGCGCAUAUGUGCGGCAGCUCAUCGGCAUGGACCCGGUGGCCAUGUUUCGAUGGGGCAUCCUGCGCGCCACCAUCAGAGGCAUCGCUGCUUUUAACGAAGCUGGACGCUCCUGGGCUGCCAAAACUUCAGGUGUUGUCCGUCCAAUCUCCAGAACUCCUUUAGGAGAGCUGCAGCGAUCCAAUGCCCCAGUAGACAGAAUGUACAAACGAGCUUCUAUGCUCGAUUUCUACUUUGAUCACUCAGAGGAGCGCCCUCUAGAGGCCUUUGAAGACAUCUUUGCUAGCUAUGAGAGUAAGAAAGACAUGCAUGCAGAGAUCAUCAGCUCCAUUAAGAACUUACAGCUGGAUGGUGAGGACCCUCGCAAGUUGCUGCAGUCCUGGGGUCGCCUCCGCUUCCCUCGACACGUCCUCCAGAAAAACAAGAGCACCAAACAGAGGCAGGUCAUCCCCAAGAGUUUGCUGGAUUCCCGCUCACUGAAGUUCAUUGUGGGCCUGACGCUGCAUGACCGCACCACCAAGUCUCUGCUCCACCUGCACAAGAAGAAGAAGCCUCCCAGCAUCAGUGCCCAGUUCCAGACCUCUCUGACCAAACUCUUGGAGACUCUGAACAGAGCAGAGCCUUUCUUCAUUCGUUGUAUCCGCUCCAAUGCUGAGAAGAAGGAGAUGUAUCUGGAUGAGGCCUUGGUGGUUCAGCAGCUGCGAUACACAGGAAUGCUGGAAACGGUUCGCAUCAGGAGGUCAGGCUACGGAGCCAAGUACACAUUCCAGGAGUUCAUAGAGCAGUUCAGGGUCUUGCUGCCAAAGAACGCCGCUGCCUCUAAGGAGGACAUCUCAGCGCUGCUGGACAAGAAGAUGGGUCUGGACCCCACCACGUACCAGAUAGGCAAAACUAAGGUGUUCUUGAAGGAGCUGGAGCGACAGCAGCUGCAGGACACGCUGCACAAGGAUGUCAUGCGGAAGAUAAUCUUCCUUCAGCGCUGGUUCAGAGGUCGUCUGCAGAGGAAAGAGUUUUUGGAUAUGAGACAGGCAGCCAUCUUGAUUCAGCGUUCAUGGCGCAGGUACUGCAAAGAGGAGCAAAGGCGAGCGGCAGCCACGCUGAUCCAGGCUGUGUGGAGAGGGCACAGUCAGAGAUUAGAGUACCACCGGCAGAGACGAGGGGCUACCAAAAUACAAGCGCUGGUCAGAGGACACUCAGCACGUAGAAGGUGCCACUCAAUCCGUGAGGAGAAACAGAAAAAGGAGGAGGAGGAAAAAGAAGCUCUGAGGAGAGCAGAAGAAGAGGAGAGAAGGCGGAGAGAAGAAGAGGAGGAGGCGAGGAGAAGAGCAGAAGAGGAGGAAGAAAGGAGGAGAAUGGAAGAAGAAGAAGCAAGGAAAAAAGCAGAAGAGGAGGAGGCAAGGAGGAGAGCAGAGGAAGAAGAGGAGGCCGCCAGGAAGGCGCAGGAAGCACAGAAGCAGAAAGAGGAGGCAGAGAAAAGACUCACAAGCGAACCUGAAACGAGAGAAGACCCGGAUAUAGAGCUGGUCACAGAGGAGACGCUGGAUGACCAGGAGACAGAGGAGGAGAGAGGAGAGGAGGACGGAGAGAUUAACACAAGCAUGCAUACAGAGGAGGAACAGGGCAAGGAUGAGGAGCUGGACGAGGAUGAUGAGGAGGAGGAGGAGGAAGAGGAGGAACUGGAUAUGGAGACCAACGGUACCCUGGCUGAGGCUGGACCCCAGCUGGACGAGAAAGAAGAUGAUGACGAUUUAAAACCUGCUAUGCCCACUGAUGAGGUCACCAACGCACUUACAGCCACAACUCCAGGUGACGGGUCGGACAAACAGGCUCCCGGCACCUCCUCACCUUCCAGUGCUGAACAAAAGAGAACACGAGCUCCUCCUAUAAGCCGCGGGCUUUCAUCCAGGAGCCAGGAGAAGAGGGAGCAGAGGAGACGAAGAGGGCUGGAGCACAAUCAGAGAGAGACUGAACGAGCCGCCUCCUCUUCCUCCACCUCGACCAGCAGCAAGGAUCAAACAUCUCCGCCCAAGAGCAAAAGCCAGGAUCCCUCGAAGUUGAAAGAGCGGGCGGACAGCAAGGAGCUGGACCAGUACACUUUUGUGGCCUGGAAAAUGAAGGAAGACAAAGGAGGGAAGAAGGAGGCAAAACCAUCUCCUCCUGCCGCCGGUCCAGUCCGCCCGUCUUCUCUGCCCCUGCACAUCGCAGACCCUGUGCCGGACAGAAACGGUUUAGGUGACAGUGUCGGAGCAACAAACCUGCAACGCCGUACUGGUGCAAUUAAGGAGAAACCGGAGAAGUGGAGGGGGAGGAGAAGUAAUGGAGAAUACCCCGAGAACACCAGUCCUCCUCCACCUCACAACAGGGAGGAAAGGAGGAAAAAGCCGCUGAGUGAAACAGCCUCCUCAUCAUUUGACAGUUUGUCUCCAAGCUCUGAAUUUGCUGGUGCUUUGUCAGGCAAAGAGUUGUUUUCCCCCUCAGAAAGCCAAGCCGACGGCUCAAAGGGAAGCUCCUUCAGAAGGAAACACCAAGAUGGCUCUGGUCACCAAGAAUCACCCUCUAUCCCGUCCACACCUGACAGGUCAGGUGGUUUCUUCAGCAAGAUUUUGAAAAAACGGCCACACAAGGAGGCCCAGACUCCUGACAACGGAGAGAUGACUCUUGCUCAGAUUCUCAGUGAGAGGCCAACAGGAGGGGAAGCCCCAGCUUCUGGACAUCCAUCUCGGCCUCUGUCCCAGCCACAUGGGGACCGUGCUGGUAGAGGUUUAGGCCGCAACCCAACCAUAAAGAUGAUCAGUCGAGCCACUCGGGUCUCUGAGCAGUGGAACGCCUCGCUGGAUCGAGAAAUCACCAAUGCCAAUGAGCUACGGCACCUCGAUGAGUUUCUGGGCAACCAGGUGAAUGAUUUCCGCUCCAGGGGGAAAUCACUGUCAGCCACAGAGGCCAUCUUUGUUACAGCCACCAUGCAGUUCAGAGAAACUAUCAAAGCCAUGUAUUCUCUCCCAAAACCCACCAUUGGCUACAAAGGUCUGAUGACGGGCUACCAGAACAAAGUGAUCCACCUGGCGGGUGAAAGGCAGAAAGGAGAAGUCCAGCUGGUGGUGAACCUCUUCCAGUCGGUGCUGGACGGCUUCAUCAGAGGCGAGAUGAAGAAGGAGGAGGAGCCUGCAAAGCCUGCUAAAGCUCGGAAGAAGAGAAGGAAAAAGGACAAAAGUAUGGAGAGUACGCUGGAUCAUGUCUUCGUCAACUAUCAGGUCAACAUCAUGCAGUCAUGUGACCACUGUACCUCCUACAUCUGGGGCAUGGAGAAGGCCUACAUGUGCAGCUAUUGUAAAAUGGUGUGCCACAAGAAGUGCCUCGCCAAAUUAGUCACCGACUGCACCACCUUCUGUGCCAAAAAGAGCGACGAAGACUAUGGCGCUCAGCACUUCGGUGUGCGUGUGUCCCACCUGGUCAGCGAUAAGAACCCGGUGCCCAUGGUGCUGGAGAUGAUGCUGGAGCACGUGGAGAUAAACGGCCUCUACACAGAGGGCAUCUACCGCAAGUCAGGCUCUGCCAACCGCAUGAAAGAGCUGCACCAGCGACUGGAGACCGACCCCCACCUGGUCUGCCUCGAAGACUAUCCCAUCCACACGGUGACGGGCCUGGUCAAACAGUGGUUAAGAGAGCUGCCAGAUCCUCUCAUGACCUUCACACAUUACAGUGACUUCCUGCAUUCAGUGGAACUACCAGAGAAGCAGGAGCAGCUUCAAAGUGUGUACAAAGUGCUGGAAGAGCUCCCUACAGCAAACUUCAACACAUUGGAGAGACUCGUCUUUCACCUCGUCAGGGUGUGUAAAGAGGAGGCUCACAACCGUAUGUCUCCAAACUCGUUGGCGAUAGUUUUUGCCCCGUGUAUCCUGCGGUGUCCAGACAGUGCCGAUCCACUGCUCAGCAUGAAGGAUGUGGCCAAAACAACCACGUGUGUAGAGAUGAUCAUCAACGAGCAGAUCAGACGCUACAACGAGAAGAUGGAGGAGAUCGAGCAGCUGGAGUAUGCUGAGGCUUUGGCUGUUAACCAGCUCAAACUCAAGAGACAGAACACGCACUUCCUGCAUUUACCUCUCAGGUUCUCAGCUCCUUUCAAAGGAGUGGUGGUGCACGAGAAGGUCAGUUCUGAUCUCAGCGUGGUCCCUGAGAACGAGCCUCUGGACUCGGACACGGAGGCUGAGAAGAACCUGGUGGAACGCAUCAAGUCCAUCAAACAAGAGAAAGAGGAUCUGGCCUGCAGACUGCCAGAGAUGGAGCAGCCCGGUUCUGACCAGGAGAACUUUGACUCUGAGGCCUCGCUGAGCUCUGAGAGUCUUUUGGAAGAGCAGCAGCGCUCUUCUGUUCACAUCUCAGAGCCUGAAGGACGAGGUGCCUCCCACCUGAGGAGACACAGGCCAGUUUGUCCACCCAAACCAUCAGACCUGGCCCAGCGGCAUAAAGUCCUUGGUGGACGCGUCUCUCUGCCAAACCUCACCCCUGCUAGCUCCACCUCCUCCGUGUCCAGCUGCGUUUCUUCCACCUCUGAGUCCUCCACCGCCUCCUUCAGGCACCCUCGGCAACGUCGCAACCCCAUCAUCCCAGGCACAGUCAAACUGCCGCCCGGCAUCCACUCCCAGUCUGCAGCCUCGAGUCCAUCUUAUACCCCUCCUGGGAAUCGAGCCUUAAAGUACCUGGUCCAGAGAAGGGAGCAGCCGGGCCGCCGUAAAGACAGCACCCAGUCCCUGUACAUCGACACCCCUGAGUGUGACCUGUUGUUGCAUUUUUCCUCCUGCCCUCCCUCCCCUUCCUCAUCUUCCUCUUCCAUCGCCAUUGUAACACCCUCUCCUCAGCACCAGCCCCACGACGCUCAAGCCACGAAGGGCCAGAGACGUUUUUCUGACCCAGACAUUCCUUAUAUGGAUGAUGAUGUCUGACCAGGGCAGAACAGAAAAGACGGAAGGAUUACAACCUCCUGUAUACAAAAGGAAAUGAAUUGUUGCCACAGAGGACAAUGAUGGAUUGUAGAGAGCAAGGAGAGCAAAAGACUUAAGACUUCACAGCAGAGAAACAAUACCUGUGCAUGUGAGCGUGAUGAGAUGAAUCUACAGAAGAGUGGCACAAUAUGGAAGCUGUUUCAGCCACUAUAGUCAGUGGGAGCCAAUCAAAGACUUGGGUCUUGUGUCUAAAGUCUUGUUGUCCUCUGACAGUAAAAAAUAACUGGACAAGAUGUUGCCAAGCACCUUUUUCUACCAUUUUAAUAUAUUGUGGUGACUGUUGAUGAGUUGGGAAAGAGGCUGUGUUUUCUGUAGCCUCAUUAUGACGGACCAGCAAUUUUGUUUUCUUUCUCCUCUUUUUUCUGUGCUAAUUCAAGGAGAUAUUGCAGGUUCCAGCCGCACUUUUCAUUUCUUAGUUCUCCUAAUGAGCAAAAAAAAAAACAUGCUCACUGAAAUGUUAGUUAGUGCCUUGGUGUAAUGUACAGUCAGUCGACCAAGAAACUAAUUUCUUGUGUCGUGUUAUGGACAGCUCUCACAUGUGUUAUGGGAGGGAGGGUUCUUUGGGAUUGAGAGAGGGUACCUUUUGUGUUUAUUGUACUGAACCGAUACAAGACAUGUUUAAAACAAGGACCUAAACAUGCACAUUGUGACUGUUGUGUAGGUGCCUCGUCACGACAGCUGCAAAUGGACAAUGUUUUCUGGCCACCUACCGCACAACAAACAAACCCCAGAUAGGAAGUCAUUGCCUCACACAGCAAAGGGAAAUGGGAGCAGCACACGCCACUUUUUUCCUUUUGAAACCAACAAAAACACAAAGCCAGCCAUGAUGCAACAACCCGUGCCACGAUGUCUUUGAAGCUCCGAGUCCUUGAACUCAACUUUCCUGAAAUGAACUUCACUCAGCUGUACCGUACUUGCCAAUCAAAGCAAACAGUCCCAUAAUGAGCAGGUUCUGCUGAAGCACAGCUUCGGCCAACUUUGUAUGAAUACUAAUGUUCCUCUCUGACUGCUGUUGAAUGAUGUCUGUUAGUUUGUCUGGAUUAUGAGGAAGAUGUUCUGAUGUGUAAUGUGUAACAGAGAGUGUGUGGUUGGGACUGAAUGACGUGAACUGUAAUGGUUAUUAGUAUUAACAUGUCAAUACAGAACGUGAUGCUUGUAACAUCUGCUGCUGUGUGUCUAUCAAUGAUUUUUGUUGCCUCCAAUGAGGGUUAGCAGACGCAUUCAUGUCAUAAACGGCAGUAUUGAAGAAAAAUUUGAAUAUGAGCACAUUCAGAAAUGUUUCUCAGAAAAGAAUUUGUGCUUUCAUUGGCAUAUUUAGACAGAAGAGAAGCACCUGGCUGUCAAAUAAGUCUUCAGUUUUUUACAGCUUCAAACCGCCUCAUGUCUAUCUGAUAUAGGGGGAGUAGGAUGGUUUCUCUGUCACACAGGAAGUCCUUUGUACAUUAUAGUAACACAAAUGGUAUUAUUCAGAGCCUUUCCUGUUGUUUUAAAGAUCAUCCGUUCAGUUUCACAUUCAGUCUGCAGUCAAAAGAAUCCCCUGUAAAAGAUGAGUAAAACUCUUGAAUAUUCUCUUGAAA